CUGACUUUAACAAACAUUGAAGUGGCCGCUUCUGUAGAUGUGAUGUUUAAAGCUACGGCUAGAUGAUAGCUACUUGUAUGCGGCUACAAAUGACAGCUACCAAUUUCUUUUGUUCUUAAUGUCAAAUGUAGCUGCGGAAUGUAGCUAUCGUUUGGGAGCCCAGCUACGCUUGUUUGGUUUGCUGUCAUAUUACGCUUGUCAUCUAUGAUUGAUUUGUGUUUAUACUUGUAAAAGAUGAUUGGUUUGUGCUUUGCUCCAUAAGUUUUAUUGUUUAUUUUAAGAACAACGAUAAAAUGGAUCAAACUCAACUUCUACCAGCUAUUGCUUCUGAAGUGGCUACUUUAAUGAUGCUUCUUAUUGAAGAGGAGGAAGAAGAAAAUCAACAGGAAAUCGAAAGGCGCUGCUGGAUGACCGAUCUCUUCCUGGAGCGGGAAAGUGUAUGGAGCCGGUUGUUUCGGGCAAUUGACAGAGAAGGACCAAAUGGCCAGCUCAAUAGCUUUCUAAGGGUGAAUAAGGAAGAAUUUUACUAUUUGCUCUCACGGAUUGGUCCUAGAAUGACCAGGGACGUUAUAAGUUCCAGGGAAGACACUUACCGUCUAAUGCUACAGAAUGGCUCAAGAUCUCAAAAGUCUUUGAAGAAAAAUGGAAUUUUCCCCACGUAAUAGGGUCCAUUGAUGGAAAACAUGUGACGUUAAAACAGCCGGCAAAUACUGGAAGCCAAUUUUUCAACUACAAACAAAACUUUAGCAUCGUGCUGUUGGGUAUAGUGGACGCAAAUUGCAACUUUAUUUUUGCUGAUGUCGGUUGUCAAGAGCGUAUCUCAGAUGGAGGUGUCUUAGCAAACAGUGCUAUAUAUGAAAGGCUGGAGCGACGGGAGUUAAAUAUACCUGUUCCUGAAAUUUUGCACAUUCCCUACAAUAUCGAGGUGCCAUAUUUCUUUUUGGGUGAUCAAGCCUUUGCAUUUAAAGAAUAUUGCCUUCGACCUUUCAGCGGAAUGCAUGCAGCAAACUCAAUUGAACGUUUGUUCAAUUACAGACAUUCACGCGCUCGUCGAACAGUUGAAAACGGUUUUGGUAUUGAUGCAAAGGUGUGGAGAGUUUUGGCAAAACCAAUGGAAUUGGAACCAGAUGUAGCGGAAAAAGUUGUCCUUGCAACAAUACAUCUGCACAAUUUCAAACGCAGACAUCUACUUUGUAACUAUAAUUCAACACUUCUUGCACGCUCUAGAAAUACGGCAUCUACAUCUGAAGAAUCUAACGUUGAAUCCACUAUUUCAAUGUUACCUCUUCGACAUGUUGCUUUGAGACCGACUAGAGUGUUGCAAAACAUGCGAUUGCACUUGGCGCGGCAUUUGAAAUUAAACGAUCCACUUCCGUUUUCUCUACCACAGCCUCGUAGAAUAACUUAAUGUAAAAUUCAACCGGCAACCAUUACCAUUCUACAUACACACUUUUUUACUUACACUAUUUAGCGUUCGACGCGGAACAACUGUGUCGUGCAGAAACGACAUGGCUUCGU